AGUGAAAGGCGCACACACGGUUCCCUGACACGGUUCGCAGUGGCAGACGGUGGCGGAGGAGCUGCGACUGGAUGUCAGAGGACCGCAGGGAAUUACAGCAAUUAUCCCUAAAUGUGAUGAAAAUAUAGGACAUUUCUUUUUAAAUCUCGAGGAUAAUCUGACGCACAGAGGGAGAAAACACCCUUCAACCAUUUUUGGGAAUUAAUUUCUUAUCUCUGUCCAAAAGGUGCGUAAGUAAAAAAUGUUGCCACAUUGCUCCCUCCUGCUGUUGCUAUGUGUGGCCCGGCUUCUCUCCCCCUCCUCGGCUCUUCCCUUCGAGCAGAAAGGCUUCUGGGAUUUUGCCAUGGACAGUAUGGACAGCGGCGGGAUGAUGACAAUGAUGAGGGAUGAGGAAGAAGGUUCAGCCACAGAGGAGCCCUUCCCCCCUGACAUGCCCAUGUGCCCCUUCGGCUGCCACUGUCGGCUCAGGGUCGUCCAGUGCUCUGACCUCGGUCUGACUGAGGUGCCAAAGAAUAUUCCUCCGGAUACCAAGUUCCUGGACCUGCAGAACAACCGUAUCACUGAGCUUACAGAGAAUGACUUCAAAGGCCUUACUAACUUAUAUGGUCUGUCUCUGAGGAAUAACCUUAUUUCCAAAGUCCACCCCAGAACAUUUGUCCCUCUGAAGCACAUGCAGAAGCUCUACUUCUCCAAAAACCUGCUGACCACUAUCCCGAAGAACCUGCCUGCCUCUCUGGUUGAGCUGAGGAUCCAUGAGAACCGCAUCAAGAAGGUGGCAGCUGGAGCCUUCGCAGGACUGGGCAACAUGAACUGCAUAGAGAUGGGAGCAAACCCCAUCCAGAACAGUGGUUUUGAGCCUGGAGCCUUCAAGGGACUGAAACUGAAUUAUCUGCGUAUAUCAGAGGCCAAACUGACUGGGGUGCCAAAAGAUCUCCCAGAGAGUCUCAAUGAGCUUCAUCUGGACCACAACCAGAUUCAGGCCAUAGAACUGGAGGACCUGAGCCGCUACAAAAACCUUUACAGGCUGGGCCUUGGCUUCAAUCAUAUCCGGAACAUUGAGAAUGGCAGUCUGUCCUACCUCCCCAGGCUGAGAGAGCUCCAUCUGGACAACAACCGUCUCACUCGUGUUCCCAAGGGCCUCCCAGACAUGAAAUACCUACAGGUGGUGUACCUGCACUCCAACAGCAUCAGCCAGGUCAGUGUGGAUGACUUCUGCCCUCGCGGAUUUGGGAUGAAGAGGACGUUCUAUAACGGCAUCAGCCUGUUUGCUAACCCUGUCAACUACUGGGAGGUGCAGCCGGCAACGUUCCGCUGUGUCAGCGACCGGCUGGCCAUUCAGUUCGGCAACUACAAAAAGUAAAGACAGGGUGAUGCUGAGAGAUGGAGAGAGUGAGGGAAAGGUGAUGGAGGACGAGCAGAUAAUUUAAAUAAUGAAAAAACUUGAGAGAAAAGGGAGUUCGUAUUGCAGAAGAUUAUUUUUUAUUAUUAUUAUUAAUUUUUUGGAGAGAGAGAGGGAGCGAAUGAUGGAGAAAAUGGGCAAUAAACUGAUGAAAUAGGAGGAAAGGUCAAAAAUACAAUAACACAACUUGAAGGGAGUGGAAGGCAAAGUGCUUGCAGGACUUCAUCUGAUUUUUUGCAUUUUUUGAAUUCAAGGUUUUAAAGUUUUAACAUUUGAAAAGGAUGAAACAGAGGAGACUGUCCGAGAAGAAUGUUUUCCCCAGUCUAAAUCAAUGAAAAAAUUAGUACUGAGAACUUGUGAAGCAUUUCAUUCCAUUUUUUUUUACACAACAGUGCUUAUUGUGACAGAAUUCAUUUUUGUUUUAUUAACAUUUUGGUUAAGAUUAUGAGUAAAAAAUAGAAACGCAACGCUUUAUAGAUUGUUUUUAUAUAUAUAUAAAAAGGUGCUCUGUAUGACUUUCUGUGUGUGCUGAUUUGGGAGGUCCAUCACAUUGUCCCUGUUUCACUGGUUUGAAGCCAUUUGGUCCUCAACUCUGUGAUUUAAUGAUACUGUAUUAAUAAACAACUGGUCACAGAACUGGGGCUAUUUUCCACCAUUUACAGACACAAAAACAAUUGCACAAAAAGUUGAAACUUCAGUUCAAGUUUGCCACCAGCUAAACAACAUUUUUGUAAAUAUCAUGGCAGUUGAUUUUAUUGAAAGACCAAUAGGUACAGUUAUAUAUUCCCCUCAUCAGAGCCAAACAUCUUUUCUUACUCACCUGAGGUGACUGUACCAUCAGAGUGCCUUUGUAAAGAGUUUGUUCUGUGCCUUUACUAAAUAUUACGCUGUCUGUAUGAUACUUUUAAACAGUAUUCCUGGAGGGGGACACUGAGGUUGUGGGGUUUUUUUCCCCAGAUAGAGGAAACACACAUCCGCUUUGCUUUGAGUCAAUGAAGGCAGUGUGUUCACAUAGUGCUACGAACAAUAGUAGUGUUGAUGCAUUGUUUUGCACAAUUUUUCUGUUAUGCUUUAUCUGCUUCAGGGUUACUGGGGGGUUAGCCUGUUUACAUUGGCAGACCUUUGUGGAACUACUUUAGCCAUAAGUAUUCUGUCCUGUCUCUGUUCUGUAAUCUGACAAGCUACUGCUGCAUGUGAAUAAAAACAUUUUUAGCCUGCUACAUUAAGCCAGUCAACAACUGAUGCCCCUAGGUUGGAUGCUGUGUGAGAAAUAAAGAAGAUAAAUCAAAAACAGAAAACACUUGAUAAUUUACACUUUGUAAAGGUAAAAAAAAAAAAAGUAAUCAGAGAAAUUUAUAACACUCGAACACAAACAUGUUCAACACGGUCACAUUACAUGCAACGUGACAACAACUGAUUCUUUGAACAUUUGUGGGAUUCAGACAAAAGUGUUCAUGAUAUUUUGAUUCAGUGGACACGAUGUCUUCAAUUCAAAUUUACAGUUAUGUUGACCUGAAGUCAUGAGUUUGCAUCACUCUCAGCAUUUCAUAUGAUAUCCUUAAAGGGAAAAUAAAGUAUUUAAAAAAAGAAAUUUUAUAUCAGUGUACACAUACUUAAGCUAUCUUCAACAGUGACGUAAUUAUAA